AUGAUAAAUUAUUACGAAAUUUUAGGAUGUGACAAAAACGCAACGCGUGACGAAAUAAAAAAAUGCUACUACGAAAGGGUGAAGAAAUACCAUCCGGACAAGACGGAUGAAAACAAAUCACGACGGGAGGAAUACCUGCGAUUGGACGAAGCUUGGAAAGUUCUCAGAAAUCCGGAAACGAGACUGGAAUACGAUUUGUCGAUGUCUAAAAACGAUUUGAAAAACACUCCGCUGUAUUGUAAAAUAAAUCUGGAAGAAAUGUCGCGGGAGGAGGAGGAAGAGGAGGGCGUCAAAGGGUACUCGUACACUUGCAGAUGCGGAGGAAACUACUUCGUGGACGAAGAAGAAAUACAUUCUUGCGAAGAACUUGCGGUGCCCUGCGACGAAUGCACUUUUCACAUCGUCGUAAACCUAAAAAAAUAA